UCUGUGCUGGGGAGACCCGUUAACGCCUCCAGUGCCCGGCCCGCCGGAGCCGCCCCCGCUGCGGCGCUGCAGCCGCCAGGUGACGGGAUGGUGAGUGAGAACGAGGAGACACCCCAGCAGGAAGAUGCUGAGCAAGUAGAAUCACAUGGGAUGUUAUCAGGAAGAUCCAAGGGGAAUGUGUCCGGGAGUUGUGCACUCCCAGAAAAAGAAAAAGCCUGUGAGACUCAGCACAGGCCAGAGGAAAACUUCAGUAGCCACUCAGAUCUUAUUACAUGCGAGAGAAUCAACGUGGAAGAGACAUGCUACAUAUGCCACGAGUGUGGGAAAAGCUUCAAUGGGAGCUCUGACCUUCUCACACAUCAGAGAAUCCACAGGGGAGAGAAACCCUACCUGUGCUGUGAGUGCGGGAAAAGCUUCACUCGGAGCUCACACCUUAUCAGACAUAGGAGCAUCCACACAGGAGAAACGCCCUACACGUGCUCUGACUGCGGGAAAAGCUUCAAUCGGCGCUCAAGCUUUAUUAGACAUCAGAGAAUCCAUGCAGGAAAAAAACCCUACACGUGCUCUGAGUGUGGGAAAUGCUUCAGUUAUAACUCAGUCCUCAUCUCACAUCAGAGAAUCCACACAGGAGAGACACCCUACAUAUGCUCUGAGUGCGGGAAAAGCUUCAAUCAGAGCUCAAGCUUUAUUAGACAUCGGACAAUCCAUACUGGAUGGACACCCUACACAUGCUCUGAGUGCGGGAAAUGCUUCAGUUAUAGAUCAGCCCUUAGCACACAUCAGAGAAUUCACACAGGUGACAAACCCUAUGGAUGCUCUGAGUGUGGGAAACGCUUCAUGGAUAAUUCAACCCUCAUCACACAUCAGAGAAUCCACACAGGAGAGAGACCCUACAUGUGCUCUGAGUGUGGGAAAAGCUUCAAUCAGAGGUCAAACCUUAUCAGACAUCGGACAAUCCACAUAGGACAGACGCCCUACAUGUGCGCUGAGUGUGGGAAAAGUUUUAAGCAGAGCUCUGCCCUGAUCACACAUCAGAGAAUCCACACAGGGGAUGUGCCCUACACCUGCUCUGAGUGUGGGGAAUGCUUCAGUUAUAGCUCAGCCCUCAUCUCACAUCAGAGAAUCCACAGUGGAGAGACGUCCUACACGUGCUCUGAGUGCGGGAAAAGCUUCAAGCAGAGCUCAAGCCUUAUUAGACAUCAGAAAAUCCACGCAUGAGAGAACUGUAAUAAAUGCCUCGACUCCGGCUGGCCAAAGGUUGUUUUAAAAAAAAUCACAUUUGCGAAUUCCCACAUAGCGACCUUUGCACCAUCUGCACCGUGGUCUCUCAGCUCCCCUAGAUGAGUUGCCUGCGUCUGCCUUUUGCAGCUCCCCGUUCUUUGGGGUCAGUCCUGUGAUUUUUUUUCUAUCAACUCCUUUCCUUUUGAGUCGUAGGAGUGUGUCCCUCCAGCCAGGAAUGUUCAUCAGCUCCAGGUGGGGGAGAGAGAUUUGAUCCCAACAAGCUACACUGAGGCAAAAACUACCUGUGCCUUACAUCCACUAGGACUGUACAUGGCGUUGGCUGCUCACGUUAGUGAUCUUGGUGUAAAAAGACAGUUCUAGUUAUAGUGCAGAUGCAGCCCAGGUACAGUGGUUGGCAUUAGCUUUCCCCUUCACCUGACCUAAACUCCAUCACUUUUCCUCGUCUAAACAAACCCUGAGCAUCACAGUUAUACUGUCCCCCCAUUUCAAAGCAAUUGUUAGGUAUCAAGUUCCCCCUUUGGGAACAAAUUGUUUCAUUCCCAGUUGCUCUGACGUUGCUUCAGGUUGUGCUGGAGAGUAGAUAUUUUUAUUACCAUUUUGCUCACUUAAAAUAUAUUGAACUAUAACAGAGAGCAGGAACAGGGCACGGAUAGGGAAAAUGUCAUUUCACCCUCUGUAAGAACAGAAGAAGAUAGGGUAAGUCAGAGGGAUUCCCUUAUUCGCCAUCACCAUCCCAACCCCCCUGUUGUUAAACUGGUUAGGUCAAUAUUUUUUCCUAAGGGCUGGGAAGAGAAUUUCCUAAUAAUGAGUUGGAACUAGGCAAAGUACCCAUGCAUUGGGCUCCCAAAGCAGUUGUGGCCCAGGCCCUGCAGGAGGUCACUCCUGAAGAGAUCUCCUUCCUAAUCCGUUAGGAAUCAUGUGUUUACUAUUUGGGAAAUGCAAUCCCUAUCUAGGUAGGGAUGGGGAAAAUGGAAGUGACAUUUCUAUUCAGCUCACCGCUGUCAGAUGCUGCAAAUGUGUAGAAAAUGAAAUCCGUGUUGAAUGUGAUAUAGCUGCAGAAAGAUACCUAUUUUCAAUAGAUACCUGACAUGUGGUGUCUUACAGGGAUUCUAAAUCACUCCUGAAUUUAGUCCCUAAUUUGAAUCUGUGCCACCAGAUUAAGGAAAUAAAAGGGCAUAUUUGGGGGAGUUAUACCUCAUUCUCACUACUGAUAUAUUGUGUGGUUGGUGAAGAAUUCUACGCCAGAGAAGUGUAAAAUUACUCCAAAAAAGGUCAAAGAUUGGACAAGAACUCAGGUAGAAAUUGCAGGUACUAGUGGUUGAUUUUCACCCCAGAGAUGGAAGCUAUGGUGACCUGUGGCCCAGGUAAACUAUUUUUAGAACACUGCUCCCUAGUUAAGUGGCAUUGGUCACACUCCUAAAGGAUGCCGUGAUUAAAUUGGGCACAACUGUCUUUUACCAUUUGGAUCCAAAGUUUCAUGAAGCAGAGAGAGAAACAGCUGAUUCCUUCAGAGCCAUUCCAUGAAUAUGGGUCCCAAUCUGGCUGACUUGCUGGACAAGAAGCACUUCCAUGCUGGGCAAAUGAUGGUAGCCAAUGAGGGAAUGUAUCAGAUUCCAAGUUCAGACUGCAGGAUACAUGAAUGUUGAGUCCAGAGUCUGUGGUUUGGUCUCUUAGCUUUGCUAUUAAGUCUUAUGCAUUUGUAUCACUUCUCCACCUGCUGCUACUUUGAAAGAUUAGAAAGUGUGAAAGGUGCUUUUUCUCAUGAUGCAAUCUUCCCACAUAGUGUGAGACCUCUUCCACCCACACUUCUGGGAGAAGACCCAGGGAGAAAUGAAUUAACAGAAAUGGAAGGCUCCUAGGUUGCUGUAGAAUGUGACUUCACACAAAGCUGACAGGAUGGAAAUGGGAAUUAAGAGAAAACUGCCCUACAGGUUUAUAUUUUGUAAUCUUUGAAUAAGUUGUUGCCACCGACAAUUAAAUUAAACAUGAAGUUAAUUAGUGUAAAGUAAGAGGCUAAUUAUGUGAUAACUUUCAGUGUUACAAUAUAAUUCAGGUUUUCUUCUAGUUCUCUCCUGGCCCCCUCCUACUAUAUCGGAAAUGGAGGCUAAUCCUGAAAAGUAAAACCUCACUCCAAAGGAAUUAGAGUGGGGGAACAUGUGAGAGGAAUAGCAUGUAUGAAAAUAGAGACCCAAUGUAGAUGGUAAUUAUUUCUAUUUCAAAUGGAAUUUAUUUUGAUAAACUUUCAAAUAAAUUUUCUGUUAAGAGGAAAAUUGCUUGAAACAAGAUGGGUAACCUUUUACUCAGUUAGAGGGUAACAGCCACAGAGUUCCCCAAUCCACUUGUUUGCUAAAAAAGACACAUCAGGCAGGAGAGGUCAGAAUUUAAAAUGGUGAUGGAUGCAGGAUGAUUGAUUUUUGCAACCAGUUAUUUUUAUGGGUGCUGAGGCCCCUUUUCCUUUUGAGGAGGCCAGCUGUUAGAGCCCAGCUGUUUAACCCUCAGACCUGUCCAUGGAAACCUCCCCAUAACUGGCCUUAUGUUUCUUUCAUGUUUGAUACCUUUGGGGUUCGCACUCUACAUGUGGUUUACGGCAGCAGAUACUUUGAGAAAACUGCUGGGUUAAGCAGGGCUAUUCCUAACUGACGUUGGCCCAAAUUCUGCCUCACUUCAUCUAGAGUGGGACAUGUCUGUGUUGUGGAAAAUUGACCACACGGUUGAUUUUGGAUCAGACAGCCUGAGGCUCCUUUAUUGAUCAAUCAAACAUGCAUGCAUGGGGGAGUCAGCUAAGGCAGCCGAACACCCACCCAACAGAUAAAAUACGAGAGCUUAUAUAGGAUAAAACCACAAUUAGUAAUACAUACUUUCUUAUCAACAUUAUUGCCAUAUUUGGAAUACAAUAUCCUUAAAAGGGAAUAUAGCAUAGCAAGCUUUCCUGUUAUUCUUAGUUUGCCCUGUGCGGUUUCUUGCUCUGUCACCUGACAUCUAUUACUCAUAGUCUGUUACAAAGGUUAAUUCUACUUUUAUAAUUUUUACAGUUAGUUCUGCUUUUAUGAUUUCUGUCUACCCUUCUCCUUUUUACCUCCCUCCUUCCCUCCAGGUCACACAUACAGUUCACUUGACCCUACAUACACUUCACUUGACCAAAGUUUAGGCCUUAGUCCAUUUUUCUUCCACAUCUGUAUCGAAGGAUUAGUUCACACCUGAUUUGCCCAGAGACCUCGCGGGAGGUGUGGUAAGGUGGGGUAAGCUGGAAUCUAUGACAAUAAAGUUAAAGGUAAGGGUGGAAGUCCUUCAGCUUUCAGAUCAACAAGCCUGUUCUGUUCAUUCCGUCUGGACCAUCUGGCACUGGUCACUCUCAGGUGGCAUACUGGGCUGGAUGGCCCAUUGGUUUGACCUGGUAUGACCAGUCUUGUGUUCUUAUGUAAGUCAUCUAAGAGAGACUGACUACCAGGAUCCCAGGACUGAUCCCCUCUCGGGAAUGAAGCACAACGGCGACAGGCUAUGCAGCCUUCACUAGUCUCCUGUACCUGAAAAGCCUGCUAGCCCGAAGUGCUGGGCCAUCUACGCCAUUACCUGGUUCCUCAACUGCAGCUACAGUUCCUACUCCAUGUGACUCCAAAGCCAAAGAGCUGCAGAGAUCCAACCCCUUGUAAUCUUUGACAUUUAUUUUCCUUUUUCUAUUUUUGUCUAUUGUUUUUUUAUGGACGUGGAGCCUUCCAGCCUGUCUAUUCGAUUGGGGUGUAACAGUGUCGCUCAGUAGGUGUGUGUGUGUGUGAACACCUUUGAAAUCUACACAGGGAAGAUGCUAAGAAUAGUUCCCCAAAUCUUAAUAGCCUUAAAACUCUGCCCUAUGAAAUGACUUCAGGCAGCUCCUUUCCCUAUGGAAGCAUUGCAAGGAAUUGAGCUGUCAGAUAUACAUUGUUCAGGGAGAGCUGUUUGAACUUCUUUUCCUGCUGUCUCUCUAAGGUCUGUCUGCGUUUUGGGGCGAGAAAGUGAGGAGAAGUAUUAGCAACACAAUAGUGAAAUCUAAAGAGAAAGUUAAUUGGCUGUGGGCUAAAUGUAAGCAAUAAUUUGGUUUCGGUAUUGAAAUAUUCAGCUGGCUAAAUCUGGGAUGCACUGCCCGGGUGAAAAUCUCUGAUUGGGGUUUCGGCAUCACUAAAUAUACACCUGCCUCCUUGGGUUGCUGGUUUAGGAUUUAUAAGGGCUGAUUUUCUGCUGUAUUCAUCUGAUGGUUUGACUAAAUUUAUGACUUGAUUCCAACGCAAUAUCCUUGUUAACUCAUUGAUUUACUGAUUUGCCCUGAACUUUCUCACUGUAUUGUUUAACCCUUCGUUAGCUGAGUAGUAUUUAUAGUCAUUUAGCCUUAGUGAUGUGUAUUCUUGGUUUUAUUUGUUCAUGUUAAUAAAACAUGUAACUGGGAUCUUGAGUCAUUUCUUUUAACAAGCAGCAGGGGCUGGAGCUGUGGAGAAUGUGAGCGGAGAUCAGCCACUCCCCAUCUGAGCCUUCUCAGAGUCAUCUAAAUUAACACUAAUAAAUUUGUUAGUCUCUAAGGUG